GUCAUCAAUUAUUCAUCACCAAAGACAUAAAUCAGCAAAUCGCAACACCAAAAGAGGUUUGAUUCCUUUCUGGUCCUUUUUCGUCUGGGUUGAUCCAAAUUGACCAAGCAUUCAGAAAAGAUUCCACUUUGAGUAUUUCGUUCAUGUGGUUAUUUUGCACAAAUACUUCCUUGAAACGAGACGUGAUUGAAUCCCUAUAAAUUCGAAGUCAGACUGUUGUUUAGUUAAGAAUCGAGCAAGAAUUGACUUUUUAGUCACUCAAGGAUCGAGGGUUUUGACUUGGGGGUUCAGUUAGAUACAGUUUCUUCGAAGCUAUGGAGGCUUAUAAAAGAUGGGUCCGGAGGAACAAGGAGUAUGUUCAUUCGUUAGAGUCUCUUGCUAACGGAUUGACAUGGCUUCUGCCAGAGAGAUUUUCCGAGUCCGAAAUCGUACCAGAAGCAGUAACAUCGAUAUUGGGUAUAGUGACUGCUGUGAAUGAACAUAUAAUUGAAACGACUCCAACAAAUCCAUCCCAAAUGCAUUCAAGACAUAUGGAGGCGUCUUCUUUUCCAUAUUCUUUGUUUUUGACUCUGAUGAAAGAUGUGGAGACUUUGGUUGAAGUUGUGGCACAACAUUUCUAUGGAGAUGACAAUAGAUGGAAUUUCCUUGCUGUUACAGAAGCCACAAAGGUACUAGCUAGAUUAGCUUUAUUGCGAAAUAGUGGGUACAAGAUGUUAUUGCAUGGAGGGGAGACAACGAACGAUGGGAAUUCUACAAAUGAUGGGGAACAACAGGGGCGUUUAUUGCAGCAGCAGGGGCAAAAUGGUCAUUUCACUCCUCAAGGAAGAGCUCUCUCUGCAAUGAGUAGGUUCGGUGAAAAUGCCCGUAUGCUUUCCGAUCCAACAUGGUUUCGCAGGGUCGAACAUCAUCAACGUGCAGUUAUGGAGCUUCCAGAAACGGAAAUAAAGAGACCUACAAUGUCGAGUUUUUUGUCGGAAAAGGGUAUUUCUGGAAGUUUAUUUUUGAUGGGGGAAGUAAUGUUCAUUGCAAGGCCGCUUGUAUACGUUCUUUUGAUAAGAAAAUAUGGAGUCAAAUCAUGGCUUCCGUGGUUGGUUUCUUUGUCUAUUGACAUCAUCGGGAUGACUUCAUCAAUCACAUGUCAGAAAGACCCCGAACUUCCUCUAUCCGAUCCCGAGAAGGACGAGUUGAGAAGGCGGAAAUUGUUGUUGGCACUUUACCUCAUGAGAGAUCCGUGUUUCGCGAAAUACACACGGCAAAGACUCGAAAGCACGGGAAAAACAUUGGAGCAUGUCCCGGUUGUUGGGUUUCUUACAGCAAAGUUGAUUGAACUUUUGGUUGGAGCCCAAACACGUUACACCUACAUGUCUGGUUCUUGAUUCAUGAAUGGAACAAAAUUGUAUGUUAUGUUUUUCAAACUAGUUUAAGCAAACAUUCGUAUGAUUUGCUUUGCUUGUGAAAUUCGGAGAGGAUGAUGUAUUCGAGGUAAUCCAUGGAUCAUUGUAUUGUAAAUCUAUCUUAUACGUACAAGUUAUUUGUUGAAAUCAUCGGGUC